GGCAAGUGAAUUCAACUACCCUGACUUUACAAAUUGUUCGAGAACAAGGAUUUGUCGGAGAGAUUGCAGUUCAGCUGAGCACCAUGCCUAACUUUGAACUCCCCCUCUCCAACCAAGCAACAGAGAAUGAGGAUUAUAUACUGGAAAAGAAGACGAUCAUUAUGGCAGAGAACACAACAAUAACUUCUGUCGUAGUCACUAUUUUGCCUGACAAUGUUCCAGAAUUACAAGAAGGAUUUAUAAUCAAUAUUACUGAUGUGCAAUUGGUCGAUUCUUCUACUGGAGGUCAGCCAAGUGUGAAAAGGCUUGGGUUAGAAAUAGCUGAAAUAACAAUUGAAGAAAAUGAUGAUGCCAGAGGAAUAUUUACUUUCAGUGUUACAAGGGAUAUGACUGGAGCUGUUGCUGGUUAUGAGGUACCACCACCACAGAAUAUACUGAAACUUCCAGUUGUCCGACAGGAUGGGAAGUUUGGAUCAGCAACUCUGUAUUGGGAAGCCAUUCAUUCAACUGCUAGCUUUGAAGACUUCACACCAUCAUUUGGAAACCUUACAUUUUCAGAUGGGCAGGCUACAGGAGAAAUAGAAAUUACAAUCAUAGAUGACAAUGAAGUUGAAUUGCUUGAGAUAUUCAGGGUUGCCCUGGUGAGGGUAACAGGUGGUGCAAGGCUUGGGGACGACAUCCUGGUAACUGUCGCUAUUCCACCAAAUGAUUCCCCCGUUGGAGUAUUCGGGUUUGAAGAAAAGAAUGUGACAGUGAAGGAACCUCAGACACCUGAUGACCCUGCUGCAGUGGUGUUGCUCACUGUAAAUCGAAGUCAAGGAGGACGAGGAGCAGUUAAUGUGUUAUGGAUUCUUGAGGAAGCAGCCAGACAUGAUCUGACCCCUCUGAAUGGUACCCUUUACUUCAAUGAGACUGAAUCCCAGAAGCUGGUUGUUUUACAUGCAGUACAAGAUGGUCUGCUGGAGGGGAAGGAAACAUUUACCAUCCGGCUAGUCUCUACUGGUGAUGCAGAGAUAUCCCCCGUAAAUGGUGUGGCAACCAUCAUUAUUUUGGGCGAUGAAGGAGCUUCUGGGAUGGUUGGGAUAGCCCAUUCUUCCAAGCAGGUUCUGAUUGGAGAACCUUCCGGAAACUAUAACGGAACUGCUGUUAUUAGCCUGAUACGCGGCCCAGGGAUUUUUGGUGAGGUCAUAAUAAAUUGGAAUAUAGCACCUCCUCAUCACACAGAAUUUGUUGAGACAUCAGGGACGUUGACAAUGCAAGAUCAGCAGUCUGCAGCAGUUGUUCUAAUACAGGCUGUAGAUGACAACCGUCCUGAGGAGAAGCGUUACUACCAGUUUCAACUAACUGGAAUCAGUGACGGAGGACUCAUAAAUGAAUCCAGCAGCACAGCAAAUAUUACCAUGGCUGCCAGUGAUUUUCCGUAUGGAGAGUUUGCAUUUUCACGGGAACUAUUGCAAACAACAGAAGAAGAAAAAUGGGUUAACAUCACUGUUGUGCGUUCCAGGGGAUCCUAUGGCAAAGUGCGUCUUUGCUUUCAGAUAAUAAAUGGGACUGCAGAGGAGGGAAUUGAUUUCACUCCCACAGUAAGGGAAUUGUUGUUUGAACCACAUGAGGAGAGUAAAAUGAUUUUGAUUGAAAUUUAUGAUGAUGACUUUCCUGAAGGUCCUGAAGACUUUUCAGUGAUGAUUACCAAAGUGGAAUUCCAAGGGAGUGGAUUUGAUUUUACUGUAAAAGAAAAUAGUCUGCAAAUGGAUCAACCUCCAAUAAUAGGAAAUAUCUCCAUGGUACGAAUCACUAUAGCAAAAAGUGAUAAUGCAGAAGGCAUCAUAGAAUUUGAUCCACAAUAUAUCCUUCUGCAGGUGGAGGAGGAUGCUGGAUUAAUCAUGAUUCCUGUUGUGAGAAAGCGUGGAACUUACGGCUAUGUAACAGCUGAUUUUCUUUCUCGAAGUAUUUCUGCACUUCCCAAUGGUGUUGACUAUGUCAUCCACAACACUUCUGUCAUUUUUUAUCAUGGCCAGAACCAGACUUUUAUUUAUAUCUCUAUUACAGAUGAUGAAGAAAGUGAAUUUGCAGAGCAAUUUGAAAUCCAGCUGACAGGAGCCACUGGUGGAGCAGUCCUUGGGCUCCACCUAGUGAGCCAGGUUACUAUUGCUAAAAGUGACUCCCCUCAGGGCAUCGUCCGAUUUCUCAACCAAAGUCAAAUUAUUCUUCCCAAUCCCGAUACACCCACGGCAGUGUCCCUGGUGCUGGAAAGGACUGGAAGAUUGUUAGGGGAGACACAGAUUAGUUGGGCUGUCUUGGGACCCAAUUCAGAAGAGGUUUUAGCUCCCCUGAAUAGUGACAUUGAUGACCCUGUGAAUGGAUCAUUCUAUUUUGGAGAAGGAGAAGGAGGUCUGAGAGCUAUUAAUCUACAAAUCUAUCCUCAUGAAGAAGCUGAAGUUCAGGAGAUCUUCAUUAUUAGACUGAGCCUUGUGAAAGGUGAAACAGAAAUAGAUCCUAAUGCAAACAGUGUCAUGCUAAUAAUAGAAAAGUUUGGUGAUCCCAAUGGAAUUGUACAGUUUGCUCCUGAAUCAUUAACUGAGACUAACUAUACAGAACCCUCAGCAAGGGAAGGGCCACAAAAUAUUACACUGUUUGUCAGACGAAUUCAGGGCACUCUGGGAAACAUAACGGUUUACUGGCAAAUACGUAGUGAAUCUGACAUCACAGGUGACUUUCUCAGGACAGAGGGAUCUGUUGUCAUUGCCGACCAGCAGAGUACAGCUGAGAUAAUUAUCUACCUCUUACCUGAUGAUGUUCCAGAACUGGACGAAAACUACGUGGUGCAGCUGAUUUCAGUAGAAGGUGGAGCAGAUUUAGACCAAGAGAAAAGAAUUUCAAAGUUCAAUGUUUUUGCAAAUGAUGGUCCCUAUGGAGUGUUUGCCCUGUACUCCGACCAGCAGUCAGUAUUAGUAGAGAGAAACCUGGAACGAUAUGUUCAGAUUAAUGUAACUCGGCAUGCUGGGGCCUUUGGAGAAGUGAUUGUUGAGUACCAGAUCAUGUCUCAUCAUGAAGAAGUACUGAUUGAACCUGAGGAUGAGGUGGGAUACCUCACAGUAAAAGACGGUGCCAGCUUUGGAGUGAAAAGGGUGCCAAUAAGCAACCAGGCAUGUCUUUUGCUGGGCUUGAAUUUUACUCUGGAACUGACUAAUGUAAGCCUGGUUGGAGGAAGUGCCAAAGAUGUGCCUAAAAUAUUAGCAAAAGCGAAGUCAGCUGUUCUCCCUAUUCCGGAGGAAGCUGCCAAUUCACAGGUUGGCUUUGAAUCUGUGGUUUUACGACUUACAGACAUUGUAGCAGGGACAGGUCAGGCUGUUGUAACCAGAAAAGGAGUUUAUGGCUCUGUAACAGUUAGCUGGAUUUCAGGAUACUCACCAGACCUAAAAACUGACUUUGCUCAGCCAGGCAAUCUUACUCCUCCGUUUGGUACUGUUGUAUUUUCUUCUGGUGAGCAGAGUAAAGUAAUUUCAUUUCAGGUUACGCCAAGCCUAAAUAAACCUGAGUCAUUUGCCAUCACUUUGACAGCAGUGCACAGCAAUGUGUCUGGUGGGGCUCGCCUGAGAUCAGGAUUUACAGUAACUGAAAUUGAGCCAAUGGGGAUUUUCCAGUUUGCUCUUAACUCAAGAUCUGUUUCAGUUGAAGAAGAUGUUCAGGCAGUCACACUACAUGUCCAAAGAUUGUUUGGUUUUCAAAGUAAUUUCACUAAACUGACAUAUCAGACCAUUCCAGGAAGUGCCAAACCACUAGAGGACUUCAUACCCAUCUAUAACGGAGAGCUGAUUUUUUCACGUUUUCAGACGAAUGCUGUGAUAGAAAUAUCAAUAAUUGAUGACACCAUGUCUGAAAUGGAGGAAUUUUUUUUUGUAAAUUUGACUGCUGUGGAAAUUUUGGAUCUUCAACCUGUGAAUCUUGCCUGGAGUCCAUGUUUGAAUCCAACUUUCAGUGUUGCAACAGUUAAUAUCCUGGCUAAUGAUAUUCUUCAUGGAAUACUAAGUUUGGGGCCAGAGGUUAUUUAUGUUGAAGAAGAUGCAAACAGCAGUACCCCCAACACAGUGGUACUUCAUAUCAGAAGGACCAAGGGUUUUACUGGUGAUGUUGGAGUAACCGUUAAAACUUUUGGGGGAUUGAAUGCACAGAGUGGAGUAGAUUCAUAUCCUUUUGGAAAUGUUUAUGGAAAAUCAAACUUCAUAUGGGCAAUGGAGGGAGAAGAUUUUGAGGAGCAGUCAGUCUCUCUGACUCUGCUGGAUGGAGAAAGGGAAAGCAAGGUGUCCAUAAAAAUUUUUGAUGAUGAUGAGCCUGAAGGACGGGAAUUCUUUUAUGUUUUCCUCUCAAAUCCUGAAUGUGGAGCUCAGAUUGUGGAAGGAAAGGAUGAAUAUGGAUUUGCUGCUUUUGCAACAGUAAUUAUUGCAGGAAGUGAUCUCCCGAAUGGCAUUUUGGGAUUUGUUCAAGAAGUACAAAGCGGUCUCAUACUUGAUGAAGACUCAGAAAAUAGAGAGGUGCUGCUGAUUGUCACAAGGCAACCAAACAGGGCUUUUGAAGAUGUGAAGAUCUUUUGGCGUGUAACCUUUAAUAAAACAGCUGUUGUCCUUCUGAAAGAUGGCAUGAACUUGGAGAACGAACUUGUAUCUGUGCUGGGAGACACUACCUGCAUGGCAGGUCAAACCAUGUGCAACAUCUCCAUUGAAAUAAAACCUGAUAAUGUACCUGAAUUUGAAACAUGUUUUUUUGUUGAGCUGUAUGCUGUAAGCACAGGAGCUGCAUUGAACAGCAGUGCCAGAUUUGCUGUUAUAACAGUCCUUGAAAGUGAUGCUCCUCGUGGUUUAGUAUAUUUUGCUGUGGGAUCUCGUUUUGCUGUGGCUCAUAAGAAGAUAACUUCAAUCAGUCUGCAAGUGCUUAGAGAUUCUAGUGCAUCAGUAACCACAAUGGUUAGUUACAGAAUGCAGGAGCUACAAAAACCUGAACCUAUGGGUCGGAUCUUUAUGUCUCCAGCUGUGGCAGGACAAGAUUUUGCCAGAUCUGAAGGUUUAUUGACUUUUGAACCUGGACAGAGAAAUAUGUUUCUGGAUGUGACCCUCACUCCAAAGACAGGAUCUUUAAACCCAUUUCCUAAAGGUUUCCAGGUUGUACUUUCCAAUCCCACGGGCGGUGCCAGAGUGGAUGACGUGUAUGGUAUCGCUAACGUCACCAUUGUCUCAGAUUUGGACUCCUUGCCAGUUUGGGGGCUGAUUGAUCAACUGUAUCAGCCUCCUGAUGACACCAUUUUACACAGAGUCCUCCAGAAUCUGAAUGUCAAAGUGGCUACAGAGACUACAGAAGAGCAGCUUACUGCUGUGAUGUAUAUAAUUGAUAAGGUAACAGAUGUAGGUGAAAAACAGUUACUCACUGAAAAAAGUAGAAGUCUUUUCUAUGAGAUACUCUGUGCUCUGGCUAGCCCAAAACGCGAGGACACGCGAGGAUAUAGCCUGCUUGCUGAGGUGACUGAGAAAUUUGCUUUUUCCCUGUUGACUGGGAUAAUGUGUGGAUCACCAGGAGAACGAGGUAAAAAUAUCUUUGACAGCUGCCCGUACAUUGCAAUAAUGGCUCACAACUGGUUUCCUCAGCAAAUCAAUGGACACAGGUUUGAUGGAAGAGAUGGGGAUUCUAUUCAAGUGCCUGAACAUUUACUAGAGGUUUCUGUUGUACUACCACCUCCUCGAGAAGAUAACUGUGAAUCUGUACAGUUCACAGAAUACAGCAGUCAGCAGUGGUUCCUUACUGGAGACAAAGAACUUGCCCUGAGAAACAAGGUUUUUUCUAUGAGUUUAAAGGGUCAGAGUUCACACCCCUUGAAAGAUAACAAUGAAGUAAUUUAUCGGAUUUAUGCUACAGGAAGUCGGAUUGUUCCACAGAAGUCUCUAUGUCUCCUCUGGAAUCAGGCUGCUGAAAGCUGGCUGUCUGAUAACGGGUUCUGCAAAGUGGUUGAUGACACGUCAGACUACGUAGAAUGCUCUUGUUCUCAUAUGUCCAUUUAUGCAGUUUAUGCCCAAACAGAUAACUUGUCUUCAUACAAUGAGGCUUUCUUCUCUUCUGGAUUCAUCUGCAUUUCAGGUUUCACUUUGGCUAUUAUCUCCCACCUUUUCUGCACCAGGUGUGCUAUGUUUGCAGCUAAACUUCUCACUCACAUGAUGGUUGCUUGUUUGGGUACUCAG